CGCGGGGGGAAAAAAAUUGUUUGGAAACUGUCAGAUUGUUCAACAUUUUAAUUAUGUGAGAUAGUAGGAAAAGAAUUAAUGGAUUAUUGAAUGAUUAUUAGAUGCUUUUCUAGAAGAAAAAUUGUUCGUACUAACUAGGCAGUUGUUGGAGUCUAUUAAUUUAUUAUCAAUGAAAAAAGAAAAUGAUGAUAAGAAAAUAACAAAAAAAUGUGUAAAUACACGAGCGUUCGUGUGUUUACUAUCUAUUGUAAUGCGCCCACGAACGUCCGUGAAUAAAAUGCACACACGAUUACACGAAUGAUAAUUACCGUAUAACACGCGUAAUAUCGAAUGUAAAAUUCAAUAAAGUAAUAAUAAUAAUCAUUGGUUUCAAAAAUAUUUUUGUUACUUCGAUAAGUUGAUAUUUAACAUCCCACUUUUCCAACGUGGUUUCGCACAUAAAAUCGGUACUUAUUUUCGAAUAUAAGUCGGACCUGAGGGCUGAGAUCCCAUCAGAGUUGUCGAGCAUAACGAUUAACGAUAGUGGUGACUGGGCAUGGUGUGCCGUACCCCGCACUUUUAACGCAUCUGAUUGGUCUUUCGAGUGUGCAUUGUAACCACGAACGUACGUCUAUAUAAACAACGGAAAAAAGUACCAACCUGUAGUUAUCUAGUCAGUUUACUGUAAUGUUAAUUGUUAUAACUUAUUUUGUCCAGUUUUUAAUUUUUAACUUUUUGUGAAAUUGCCAAAUUAAACUGAAGCUUUUAAUUAUUUUUUGGAAUGAUAGCUCAUUGUUGAAGCUGUCAACACCUAACUAAUUUUUUCUUAAAACAAGAAUAACCUAUAGUAAUUUAUACAUUUUUUGUAAGUAUUGUUUUGUAGUUAUUUGUAAGUUAUUAUUAUUAUUUUAUUCAGUUAUUUGUCAACAAAUUUAUUAUAUAUAUAUUUAUAACUAAACAAAAAAGAAUCGUCUUUUUAAUUUAAUAGUCUUGUUGAUUAUUUUCGUAUGAAUACCUACCUAUUUUGUUUUAGAUCAUAGACUUGUAUACUAACUCUUUACUGGACAUUUUUAGUUUUUACUUUGUACAAUUAUCUACUAAUUAAUAGUAUACAAAACUCAUUUCUUAUGAUAUGACAAUAUCACUUAUGUAAAACACAAACUAUUUCUCUUAGUGUUAGGUAGUAAUUUUUAUUCAUUGAUUACUUACUUACGAUUUGGUUUUCUCUGAAAAUCUAAAAACCAUUGAACCGUGAAAUUUCUAAGAAGACUGCUGUUCACUCUGCCUCUCUUGUUUAGAUAUUUAAGUUUUUGUCCAUAUUAGACUUUAUAAUAUCUUUGAAAACAUAUUGUUUUUUUCUUUUAUAAUUAUUCAAAAUAAUUUUUAUUCAAUGUUUUAAAAAUAACUUUAUAAUUUUUUUUUGUUUCUUGUUCUAAGUUUACCAUUACUAAGAUAAUAAUAUACAAACUGUACUCAAAUUGUGCAUUGGUUGUCUGUUUUUCCCAUCAUUAAAAGCCAAACAAAUAUUGCUGUCUGACUGUUGUUAUAUAGGUUAUUAAUGUCAUUAUUUAUACAAUUUCAGGCCUAUGUUUUAUUACUUUGAAUUUAAUUGGUGAUUUCUCUAUUUUGUUUUAGUUUAAAAUGGUUGAUUCGUGUUCUUCAUUCGGAUGCACAAAUGUACGACAAUCUGGAAGUAAUAUACAAUUUCAUCAGUAAGUAAAUGACAUUUAUAAAAUAGAUAGGUAGUAAUUUAGUAUUGACAAAAAUUGUAAAGUGUUUUUCUGAUAAUUAUAUUUAUAUAAAAUAUACAAAAUACAAUACAAUGCAAUACAAAGGCUCUAAUAAUUUCUAAUUUUUAUUUUUUUUAAGAUUUCCUCUGAAUAGACCAGAUGUUUUAAAAAAAUGGAUACAUGCAAUGGGAAGUAAAACCUUCAUACCUAAUGAAUAUAGUUAUUUGUGUAGUGAACAUUUUAAUCCUGACGAUUAUCAAAUUCAACCAGGUUCAAACGAAAAAUUAUUAUUAAUUAAUGCAGUACCAUCAAUAUUUAAAAGUUUUCCUGAACACUUUCAAAAUCAAGAGGUUAGUCAUUAGAUGUUUUUCAAAAUAUUGAUUUGUAAUAUUUUGAUAAUAUUUUUUUUUUAAAAAGUAUAAUUUUUGUUAUAAUUAUUAAAGAAUGAAAAACUUAUUAUAAAAAAUAAUUUUAUAAAUUUUACCUUUAUUUUUAGAUUGGAGAAAAUAGUAAAAAUGAUAUUUAUGUACAUAACACUAAUAAUAGUAUUUUACCAAAACAAGUUGAAACGAAAACCUACGAUUAUCAGAAUUUGACAGCUUCAUCUAUAGUAAAUAAUUUGUAUUAUAAAAAUAACAUAUAUUAUUGUCAAUAUCAAUUUUAGGUGACUUGUGGAAAUUGCAAAAAACAAAUGAACUUUAAGGAAUAUGAUACUAAACACCGCAGCGUUCAUUACAAUCUCUGUUGGUUAGAUGGCAUACAAGACAAAAUUGUAAAACGUUUUUGUGAUAAAUGAUAUAUUUAUUUAAUUAAUUUUAAAUAUUUAAUUUUAUAGGAUUUUUUUAGUACGCCACAGUUGAAAACACUAUCACGGAAAAUGUAUAAUAAUAAAAAUAGAUCUGGCAGACAAUUAAAAUGUGAAUGGUGUAAUAAAAUAAAACGGACUGUUUCAGGACUUUUCAAUCAUCUAAAAACAUGUAAAUAUAAUGUAAGUAUAUAAUAUUUAGAAAUGUGUUUUAAUUGAUAUUUUCUUUGUAAUAUAUAUUUCUUAAAAAAUUGUAUGUUUUAUUUUAUCAAGGUUACUGAAUAUUCUAAUUAUAACAAAAGUGUUAAAUCCAAUAUAGCAAAUCUUAGGAAACAACUGAUGCAUAACAAAAUUAAAAUUUUGCAGCGGAAUUUAAAACAAAGAGAUGCUAAAAUUAGAUUGUUAAAGGGUAAUUAGUGUUUUUAAUUACUUAUCUCUACAUUUAAGUAUUUUACAAUUUGUGUUUAUCUGUGUUAACAGGUCUUAUUAUCAAUGAAAAAAAAGAGAUUUUAUCUUCAGAAGAAGUCACAAUGACGCUUACAAACAAUUUGGUAGGUUACCAUUAAAUUUAUUGUAUACAAUUAAAGUUAGAAUAAAUAAAAAAACAAAAUAUAGUAGUGUUAAUAUAGUAGGAUUUGUUAUAAUCCCUGAGUUAAUACUCAGGGUUAGAAAAAAACAAUAACAUGUUUUAUAUGAUUUAAACAUAAGUGUUUUUGAUUACAAUUUUAUUUAUGUAUUUAUUUAUCUACAUUAAAUCAAAUACAACAAAUUUAAAAAUUGAAUUGUGAUAACUAAAGUCUAACUUUGAAGUAUUAGAGUAAAUUUAGCUAGGCACAUUUUUAUUAUCCAAGGUCUAAAUCAAUUCUUUAUAAAUUAUUCAUAAGUAUUCAUAACAAUUAUUUAACACUUGGAGAUGAAAACUAAAAUCACAAGUAGAAAAAUGUCUUUUUUUACGUAUGUAAACGUUUAAUUUAAACAAUGGUUUUUAUUCUUUUAAAACAGCAAUUAUGAUAAUUAUAACGCUUUAUAUUGUUAUCCCCUUAAAGUAGGGGGCGGCCAAACGGUAGAUUAUAGACAAUUUCGAUAUCAAUCUCACUUUGUCAGAAUUUAUUUAUAUACAAUUAAUUGAUUAGAUAAACUACAAUUGUCAAUUAUUGAUACUAGCGAUUUUAUUUCUGAUAUAUUAAAUCUAUAGUAUUAUAUUAGAGUUUUAAGAAAAGUGUGAUGAAAAACAUUAUUUAAUUAUACAGUUUAGUUUUAUUAUUUAUAAAUAUAUCUAUAUUAUUAAUACCUAUUAGGUAAUUAACAAUUAAUCACUUUUACAGAAGUUGAUUCUCCAAGGGAAUUAAUUUUCUUAGUUGAUCACUACCAAAAAAAUUUGGCUGCCUCUGUCCUAUAGCCUAAAAGUAUAUGCCCAAUGUAUAAACACUUUUUUUGGUGUUUGUUCAUUGCUCUACUAUUUGAAGGAAUUCAGAUUUUUAAAAUUAGAUACUUUAGAAAAGGUGUAAAUUAGUUGCUUAUAAAAUGUUGUAGUUCUAAGUAAAAUUAGGCCAUCUAAAUUUACUGUAGAUAACAUUUGUUAGAAGUUUUAUGUUUGACACUUGUAAUACCUGUGCUUAAGUUAAAACACUAUUUUUUUUAAUGCUGAAAUAAAAUCAUCCUAUUUAUGUACUAUUUAAAUUCCUUUCAAAAAUGAUUUGGGAUAUUAGAUUUUCUAAAUUAAUUAAUGACAUAACAUAUAAAUUACAGGAAUUCAGUCUCAAAAGUUUAGCUGGCAACAAUGUUGAGAAGUGAGGUGUGCUGCGAUUGAACAUUAUUCGAUCAAAUUUUCUUCUCAAAAUAAUGAAGUUAUAGCUUAUUAUUUAAGACAAAGUGAUCACUUCUAAAUAUACAUAUUAAUUAUAGAAUACAUUUUUCAAAGGAUACACAAGUCCCAUACAUCAUAGUAAUAUUAUAUUGGUAUAUAUCGGUAAACAUAUAUAAUUAUUUAAAAUUACUGAAAUUGUAUAAAACUCCAUUAGUAAAUAACCAUUAGUGUAUGAAAAAUGUUUUGAAGUUAAUUUGAAACACAGCAAGUACUUUGGAAUUUUUCUUAGAUUUUUCGAUGUGUCCCAAAGUAUUUUCAUAUUUAUUUUGACUUUUCAAAUAUUUUGGAUUUGUUUUAAACUAUUAGACAUUUAUAAAAAUAAAUUAUUAAACAUUUGCUGCAUACAUCUUUUUUUGGUUCUCUUUCCAAAGCAUUUGAAAAUUUUUCUUUCAAUUUGAUAUCAGUACUGAGAAAAAAUUUUGAUAUGUGCUCAAUAACAUAUUUAAAAUAAGGAUUUUAUUUUUGACCUCUAAUCAUGCUAAUUAACACAUUUAAUUUGUUUUUAAACUAUGCGCCAUGUGCAUGAAUGCCAAUUGGUGUGUUGAUUAUUUUCAAUGACUUCAUUAGCAACCAAGGAAAUAUAAUAAAUUAAAUUAAAUUUGUAUUAGUACACUGAAAAUAGAUAAUAGUUAAUAAUAUACAUCCCUGUUUUUAUUAUAUUCUAAAAUUAUAAAAAUUUAUUUAUUAAGUAUUAUUAAUUUUUAUUUAAAUUUAUUUAUGCAAUUGUUUGAAGCAAAUUGUGAGGUAAAAAAUGGGUUUUUCGGCUAACAUCACAAUAAUAUUGUGUUUUUUUCUUUUUGAUCUCGUUCUUGGAACGUAGCUAAAAUCUUUUGAAUUAAUGCCACUCAUUUUUACCUAUAUAAUGUGUAAAUAGUGUUCAUAUGUUCAAAUAUGUUCAUUGAUUCUCAAAGAAUAUUUGAUUUUUUUGUAUUCUUCUAUUUUUGAAGCUGAACUAUCUUGCCAAACAAUUUGUGAGGCUUGGGUAGCAUUUUAAAUGUUGUAUUGCCAUUAAAACCAUAACAUCUUGUCUUCAUUUUCAGAUGAUUUUCCUUCACUUAUGGUUGGUGGCAGUAUUUUUAGUAUAGGUACCGAAUAUCAAUGUACUGAAAAUUUAUUAUUCAGUUGUUUCGGUUGUUCAGUUUACUAAAAAACUGAAUAAAUAAUCUUUAUUUACAACAUUUAUUUGUAGAUUUAUUUAAGGUUUAUGAAAUAAUUUUUAUCAAGCCGUUUUAACUCAUUAUCAAUUUAUCAUUUAGGUGUAUAAAAUUAUCAUGUUUGAUUUUCUAUUCAUCUAUUCAUUUUUAAAAUCUAAAGUUGUUGACUGUAGUGUUAUUUGUUAUAAUAUAUUUUUGACUGGUGGUUGUGAAUAUUUAUGUUACAAUUUACAAGUUUCAUUUUUUCUUUCUUUAAAAACAGGCAAAAUAAGGUCUGUUGUUUCACUAUAUUUCAAAAAAAAAAUUAAAUUCUUGACUGUAAAACAUGUUAAAAAAUAUGAUAUGCGAAAGGUGGAAACUCAAUAAUAUACUUAAUGCUUAACAUUAAUAGUGUAAUAACUUUAAUAUUGUAAUAAAAUAAAAUAAUGUUUGUUAACAUAUUAAAUUUAAAUGGUAAUGAUGUUAUUUAACUGUUUAUAACCAAAAAUACUUAAGUAGCAAUAAACUGUUUUAUACCAUUAUUAACCUGUAUACCGAAAUAUCGAUAGUAUCAAAAAUUUUAUACUGCCAGCCCUACUUUCACUACAUAAUACAUUCACUACCAGAAUCUUUAAACAUCAAUUAUCAUCAUCAUUAUCUUCUCUUUUUGAGGUUGUGAUAUUCUAAAAACUACCUAUUUAACCAUAUUAACUAAUAAUGAAGUAGAUUUUGAGCUACACACAUGUAAUAAUAAACCAUUUAAUUUAAAUUUAUACUGGAAAUCUAUUGACAUCAUGCAGACCAUUAUGAUGCCAACUGCCUUCAAAACACGUUAAGGCAAAAAUUAAUACUAUUCAUAAUCUAUGGUAAUACUAAACUAAUUUAAAUAUAAUAUAUUUGCUUUGAGUGUACAUAUAUUACAAAUAAUUAAGUGUAUAAUAUACUAUAAUAAAAAAAAAUAAAAAAAAAUUACUUUUUCUUUUUAUAUAUUAUUGUUUAUUAUCUUUUAAUUUUACCUACCCAUCUACCUUUAUGUAAUAUUGUUACCAAACUAUAAUAAUUAUCUUUUAGAUAUAAUGUAAGCUGUACCUAUUUAAUUUAUUAUCCAUAUUUUAUUGUUUGUGUGCAAUAAUAUUAUAUAAUACUUAUAAUAAUAUUUAUGUUGUCAGGUAGAAAUUAAAUUCGUAGUAGGUACCUCCAUACUUUUAAUUUUGUCUUUAUUAAUUUUAAUUUGUUAUGUCUGUAAUUCAAUUAGUUGUGGUUU